AUGUUACCAUAUUUUUUUAUUUUAUCUAUUUAUUUUUUGUACUAUGUUUUUGGUGAUAAUGAUAAAUGUGUUGAUCAGAAUCCAUACUGUACAAAGAAUGAUUGUACAGUAAGGCCUGGUUAUGCUAUGGAGUAUUGUAAAAAAACUUGUGGAGAUUGUGAUUAUUUUUGUCAAGAUUCUACCUAUAUUUCAUGUGUUGAGGCUCGUAAAGAAGAUUGUAAUGAUGUUCUUAAAGAAUAUUGUCCAAUUCUUUGUGGUGUUUGUGAAAAAAAAAAUAAUACUAAUAUGUCAACAACAAUAAUAUAUACCUCUACAUCAACAUCUCUUCCAGAGGUAAAAAUUUUAAAAGUUGAAAAAAAUGAAACAUUAAAACAUGAAAAAACACUUAAAGAUGAUGCUAUUACAAAUUCUGAUGAAACUUUUUCUCAAAGAAAAACUUUAAGAAAUGAUAAUUGGUAUGAUAAUCAACAUAAUCGAAAAUUACAGGGACAACAAAAUAGAUAUUAUGGAUCACAGACACGGCAUUUACCUUCAAAUAUGAAUUCACCUCAUUCUUCAACUCAAAUGAUAGAUCCAUUAAUACAAGAUAUGAGUGAUUCAUAUGUAGAAAGAGAAUCUUUUCCUAAUCCAAAUAUUCCAAUUAUUGGAAAUGAUAAUACAAAUAUUCAAUUUAAUAGUUUAUCACAAAGAGAAAUAAAAAGAAAAGAAAUUGACAAAGAGCCACAUUUUAUAAAUGAUUAUAAAUUAAGAAGACGUCCACAAAAUAUUGAAAAUAUGGUAGAAAAAGAAACUGAUAUUGAGUAUGAGGAUUAUGAAGAUCAACCAAAAACAAUACCAAUUAAAAAGAAAAAUCGUGGUAAUAAACAUGAAAGAAUAGAUGAAAAUACCUUUCUUCAAAAUACUAUUCUUCCAUUAAAUCAAAAAAAUUCUAUGAAUCAAGGUAGAGCUAAUAUAGAAAAUGAAUAUAUUCCUAGAACAAGUAUAAAAAGUAACGAAGAAAUAGAAGAUAAAGUUAAUAAUUUACCACCUUUAGCUAUAGCUGAUUUGAUUACUUUACUUGGAUGCCGUGAUCGUGAUCAACAAAUUUGUAAUAAAAUUACAGAAGAAGCUUGUAGAGCAAGACCAGGUUUUUAUCUUAAAAUAUGUCCUGUACGUUGUAAAAAUUGUAAUGGUCUUUUAUGUAUGGAUUCAAAUAAAGUUGAUUGUCUUGAAGUUAAAAGACUUGGAGGAUGCCGUUUACAAAUGAGUGAAGAAUAUUGUCCAAGGACUUGUAAUGCCUGUCCAACUCCUACAAUACUAGCUGAAACAACAUCUGUAUGUAAAGAUGAAAUGGAUACAUGUGAACAGUUAGCUGAAAGUGGUGUAUGUAACAAUCCGAUAAGCACGGCUGUUAUGCGUGUAUAUUGUGCAAAAAGUUGCAAUUUUUGUAAAAAUACUCAUCUUUAUUUAAGUAACUCCGAGGAAGAUGAUCAUCCUGUAGAAUUAAAUGCUUUAUGGAUGCUGAAAAAACAAGAAAAAAAUAUUUAUAGAUAUCCUCAACGAAAUCCAUCAACAAAUCCAAGACAUUAA